AUUGGCUCCAAGCCCAAAAAUCCAGCCCCAAAAAAUUCUUGGAUUAAAUUUUAACCCUCUGGAGAGGAAGGAGGAACUGAAACAAUCCCAGGAUCAUCCCCGGCGUGCCCCUGUGGCCUCUGAUCCAGAAAAUCAAAAAAAUCCCCCCAGCAAUCCCAGGAUGGACGAGGAGGAGCUCCAGGAUGACCUGCGCCUCUUCCCAGGUGGCGGGGCGCUCCCGGCGCGGCUCCGCUCCUUCCCGGCCGUGUACCUGAGCCUGGCGCUCUCCUCGCUGCUCCUGCUGGGCCUCAGCGCCCUGGCGCUGGCCAGAGUUUCCUCCAUUUCUUCCAAACUCCACCAGGAGAAACAGGAGUGGAAUUUUUCCAGUUGGGAUUCCUUCCUGUUCCCGUGCGGGGCGGAUUCCCGGGAAUGGGAAUAUUUCUCUGGGAAUUGUUAUUAUUUCUCGCUGGCACGGAUGAGCUGGGAGCGGGCGCGGGAGCGGUGCCGGGAGCGCCGCGCCGACCUGGCCGUGGUGGGCAGCUUCGCCGAGCAGCAGUUCCUGAUGUCCCGCGCGCGGAAUGAGCGCUUCUGGAUCGGCCUCACCGACCGGAAUUCCGAGGGAAACUGGGAAUGGGUCGAUGGCACUGACUACAAAUCCUCCUUCACGUUUUGGCGGGAGGGGGAGCCCAACGACAGCGGGAACAACGAGGAUUGCGCUCACCUCUGGAUCUCCGGGAAGUGGAACGACGUCCACUGCACCUUCGAGUGCUUCUUCGUCUGCGAGCGCCCCCUUGCCCAAAAAUCCCCAUUUUCCCACUAAAAUUCGGGAUCCCCAUUCCCAAUUUUCCCGAUUUUCCCACCCCCUCGCAGGGCUGCGGCACAAAAUUCCAAAAACAACCGGGAAUUUUUUAGGGGAAUAAAAGGAGAUUCCUGCUCUGGUUUGGGCGAA